GGGCAAUUGGCAAAGCGCUUGAAUCGCUACAUUUGUGCCACCACUUCCUAAGGUUUUCCCGAUGUGUCAACAACUAAUCCGACGUUAUUAUUACUUAAAAUAUGAAAUUAGUACAUAGAGACAUAGACAAGGAUGGCCGGGGGAAGAUGGUUUUGGUGCCGGAUGAAGGUGAGGAUAUGUGGCACACCUAUAACAUCCUCAUGGAAGGUGAUCGCAUCCGAGCAACCACCAUCCGUAAGGUACAACAGGAGUCUGUCACUGGAUCUUCCACUUCCUCCCGAGUCCGCACCACAAUCACCAUCCAGAUAGAGGCCAUCGACUUUGAUACGGCAGCUUGUGUGCUUAGAGUAAAGGGUCGCAAUGUUGAGGAAAACCAGUACAUCAAGAUGGGGGCUUACCACACUGUGGACCUGGAACCAAACAGGAAGUUUACUGUCUUUAAAGAAGAAUGGGAUUCUGUCACCCUAGAACGGAUUGAAAGUGCUUGCGACCCAGCUAAGCAUGCAGACUUGGCAGCAGUAGUGAUGCAAGAAGGGUUGGCUUUUGUUUGUCUCAUUACAUCUGCCAUGACUGUCGACCGGGCUAAAAUUGAGGUCAACAUACCCAAAAAGGGAAAAGCUGAUGACACGCAAAGGAAAAAGGCCAUCGUUAAAUACUACGACCAGGUUAUGGCUGCCAUCAUUCGUCACAUAAACUUUGAUGUUGUGAAAGCGGUCUUGAUUGCAUCGCCUGGUUUUGUUAAAGAUCAAUUCUAUGAACAUAUGAUGAAGAAUGCAGUGCAGGCAGACAACAAACUUCUUUUAGAAAAUAAAAGCAAGUUUGUACUUGUACAUUCCUCCACUGGUUUCAAGCAUUCCUUAAGAGAGGUGCUUGAGGACCCAAACAUAGCAUCAAGACUGGCAGAUACUAAAGCAGCAGGAGAGACCAAAGCUCUCCAACAGUUUAUGCACAUGAUGGGCAACGAUCCAGAUCGGGCUUUCUACGGCAUCAAACAUGUUGAACGAGCAAAUGAAAGUCAAGCAAUUGAAACUUUGUUGGUAUCUGACAGUUUAUUUAGAUCUCAGAAUAUUGAUGAAAGGCGAAGAUAUGUCCAGUUAGUGGACAGCGUUAAGGAAAAUGGUGGUGAUGUUAAGAUAUUUUCUAGUCUCCACAUAUCUGGUGAACAGUUGGACCAGAUGACAGGCGUUGCUGCCAUCCUCAGGUUUCCCAUGCCAGAGAUAGAUGAGGAGGACCAUGCAUUGGAUUCUGACGAUGAUUGAUACUAACCUGGAAAAGAAAAAAAAUGUCGGCUCCUGUUUAAGGAAAGGACUGCUUUGCUCUUCUGCAUGACCGCCAGGAGAUGAUGUACCUUCUGUGAUGGUGUUCCAUAACCAAUCUUUUGGUACUUUGCAAAAGCUUAAGG